AUGUACGAAGAGGCCCCUACUCAAUCGGCUCCAAAUUUUACGAAGGGAGAGAGGGCUCCUGCAGUAACAACAAGUGAUUUCGAAGCACCGAAACACCCCAAGACGUACAGGUCUGUGAAGUACCCCUAUCGCAACAUCACGUUUCUCGAAGAGAUACCAGAGUUCCACACACACACACACACACACAUGCCUCCCCGACCUUCAUUUUUGGAGCAAGUUUCCGAAAACACACCGAAAACCAAAGCAAGACCAAUGCUCAUCCCACGACGCGUCUCGACAGUGCACACGGAGGGCCCGACUAGCGUCACAGAAGAAACCAUCAGCAGCUCGCACUCGUCGGAGUCCCUGAUGAAUGGCGAGGAUUCCCCCGCUUCGCGGCAGACAGUGGGGAUAGCGGGCGGCGGCGUUGCCGUUGGCCCCCACGGCGCGCGUCUCGCGGACUCGCCAGCGGCGGGCGUCGCAUCGGUGCGCUCGGAUAGCGUCGCGUCGCGGAUGCGGCCCAUGCUGCAGCGCAUGGGCAGCUCGUACUCGCGCGGGUCAUUCGUGGGCAAAAACGGGAGCUUCAUCUCGACGUCGCUCAGCGACGACGGCGGCAGCGGCGGUGGCAGUAACACGGGGGAAACGCCCGGGCUGUUCGAGGCCGUGUGCGACUCCUCGGACCUCGAACGCGACCACGACCACGAUUACGACCAUGAACACGACCACGACCACGAACACAAUGACGAACAUAAUCACGCCCGCGCCCAAAGCCGCGGCCACGGCCACUGCCACGACCAUGACCACACGCACGGCCAGACCACGCCCGAAGACAGAGAGACCACGCUGCCCAGCUCGGUACCGAGAGGCUCCGCGCCCAUCGACAUAUCCACCGCGCCCAUGGCCAAGACGCUGUCGUCCAAGUACUUCCAGGAGAGUGUGCACGACGACGACUACCUGCAGAACUUCACUCCCUUCCACAACACGCCCACGUCCGUGUCCAACUCCUACAGCACCAACGCCACCGGCAGCGACCUGAUGGCGCGCCGGCUUGCACACCCGCCCGCCGCGGACCCCGAGCCGCGCCUCAGCGACGACCCCGCGCUCGUGUACAUCGCGGAGUUCCCCACGGACAAGCUCCUCAGCAUGCUCACAGCCCUCCUGGACAAGAUAGUGCGCUCCAACGACCAGCUGAGCCGCGACCGGCCCUUCGACGAGGACCAGUUCCUGGCGCGCGCAGCAGACGCAACGGCCACCGCGAGCGCCUCCGCAGACGCGCCCGCGGCCGGCUGCGCGGGCCACGACCUGGCCGCCGAGAUCCUGAGCUUUCGCGGCAAGCAUGUGCCCGCCAUCACACUGCACCAGUACUUCCAGCGAAUACAGAAGUACUGCCCCACGACCAACGACGUCUUCCUGUCGCUGCUCGUGUACUUUGAUAGAAUCGCGAAGACCUGCAACCACGCGAAGGAGCAGCUCUUCGUCAUGGACUCCUACAACAUCCACCGCCUGAUCAUCUCCGCGGUCACCGUGAGCACCAAGUUUUUCAGCGACUUUUUCUACAGCAACUCGCGCUACGCGCGCGUGGGCGGCAUCUCGCUGAAGGAGCUGAACCAUCUCGAGCUGCAGUUCCUGGUGCUGUGCGACUUCGAGCUGAUCAUCAGCGUGGAGGAGCUGCAGAAGUACAGCAACCUGCUGCGCGACUUCUGGCACCGCGAGAUGGGGGACGCGCCGGAGGCGGAGACGGCCGCGCCGGAGCAUGUACUAUAG